CCUUGGUCAGCACUCACCACCAAACAAUCAAACCUCAAACUCAUCUGGUCUCUCGUUUUCUCCUCACUGCAACUAAAAUCUCCCUUCACCUAUGAACCCUAAUCACAGAAUACAACUGAACUCCCAAGAAGAAGAAGAAGAAAUCACACCCAAAAAAAUCUCACAUUUUCUCAGAGGAGCAGUAAACUUGCAUGUAUUGCUCUCUCUCUCUCUCCUCUUUCUCUCUCUACCCUAAAAAACCAUAAUGGCAACCGACUAAGAAAUCUCCCAAAUUCAAAUCGGCAAAUCCCUAGGGUUCCAUAUUCCUCUCUCCGGCCUCAGUAUUUUUAUUUUCAUCCAACGGCAAUGAACCACCAGCCACUGGCGAAGCCCAGCCCCAAUCCGCUUCCGGCGAGCAACAACGGCCGGUCGGCAUCGGAGUGUGGGAACUGCGGGUCCCAGAAGCGGUGGAUCCUCCACCAUGUUCGGAUCAGAGGGAUCCACCGCCGCCUCUGCACCUCCUGCGUCCUCCGCCUCCAUCCGUCGUCGUUUUGCCCUAGCUGCUUCCAGUUUUACGACAACGCCAACGUCCCUCCCUCCUCCAAGCGCCUCACCUGCUCCAAAUGCUCCUCCUUCACCCACUCUCACUGCGCUCCUCCGCCAGCCGCCUCGCCGCCCGCCUCGGCAGCCGCGGCGGCGGCGGUGACGUCACCUAUGUCGUCGUCGUCGUCUUCGAAUUCCUACCUCUGUCCUCCCUGCGCGUCGCCGAGCUUCAAUUUCUUCGACAUCGACUCCGAUCCCAAUCGCGCCAUUGAUAAGAAGCUCGCGCUGGUUCUCCUCUGCGCCGCCAAGAUCUCCGCUGCUUCCAUGAACAAGGCCGUGAUCGUCGCCCGCGCCGAGGCCGAGCGCCGCGUCCGGGAGGCGGCGCUCGCACGGAAGAGGGCGCGCGAGGCAUUGGACAACCUCGCGCUCCUCGUCAGCGGCAGAGGAGGCAAGGCCGUCCGCAAGGAUGCUGCCGCUGUCGAAGGAUCGGUUUCUGAUGUCUCCGCGUCGGCUAAUUCAGCUCAGAAGCUGCAGAAGGAGAAGAGCUUCCCGGUCCCCUCUCCGAAUCCGCAUGGGAGACAGCAGAAUUUCAAUGGAUUCUCAGCUCCGAGGCAGAGUCCGGCGGCGGCCGUGGGGUCGUCCACGGUUAAGAAGACCGAAAACGGAGAGGUUGAGGCUGUGAACGGCAAUGUGAAUGGCAAGGACAAGCCUGGGAUUCUGGAUGUCAAGAAGGAGAAAGCGGACACAGAGACGAAAAGCGAUGUUCCUCCCAAGUGAGCUUUUUGAAGGUUUUUGGGGUUGACAGGUCGAAACAACCAUGUGUCAUUUGGUUCAUUUUCGUUUUUUCCUGUUCUCUUUUGGCCAUUUGGUUCUUUUCACCUCUAAUGUCAUUGUGAUUAUUUGGCUCUAUUUCUGUUCAUAAUUCUACUUGGCCUUUUAGUAGAAUUAUGGACAUUGUUGUUUAGUGAAGAUACAGAUAUGACUGCCCUUUUUUCCCGGUUAAGUAUGCUGAUGUACUCCUUGUUUAUAGAGAAAUGACACUGAUCAUUUAGUUUGGUGAUCGAACACUCCAAACAUUAGCUUUCUACUGUUAUGUAUAAUCAAUCAUGUUGCUUUUAA